CAAGAGAUGGAGACAAGCAGCCAAUGUGAGGAGACCUGCGAGUCUGUGUUCAGCGAAAUGGAUUCUCAAGCCUUGGACCUGCCACUUCCUACCUGCUUCCGUUCUCGGAGCCACAGCUAUCUUCGGGCAAUCCAAGCUGGCUGCUCCCAGGAUGACGACACCAUCUCAAUCUGCUCAGAUUCUCCCACGCCUGCUUCCACUACUGUGCGCACAUUCAGCACCAGCACCACUUCCACCUGCAUAACUACCUAUAAGAAGGCACCACCUCCAGUACCACCCCGCACCACCUCAAAGCCCUUCAUCUCGGUGACGGUGCAAAGCAGCACAGAGUCGGCUCAAGACAUUUACCUGGACAGCCAAGAUCGCAAGAGUGAAGCCAACAGCCAGUCAGGGCUCAGUAAUUCUUCGGACAGCUUGGACAGCACGAGAGCCAACAGUCUGGCCAAGGGCAUUUCAUUCCCUCUUCCUAUUGCCACUCCUCGUGAGCUCCCUUCCCUUGACUUGCCGUCCCGCAUAACCACUGACCUCAAUCAUGACCCUCUAAAAAGUGACAAGGGGACUCUUACCAUUGAGGAGCCCAAAGUAGAGCAAGUUCCCAAACGAAAACUUUCUUCUAUUGGAAUACAGGUAGACUGCAUUCAGCCUCCCCAAAAAGAGGACGUUUCAUUGCUCACCCGAUUUCAGUCUAUUGGAGUGCAAGUGGAAGACGGCUGGCAAAUGAGCCGCUCCAGUAGUAUGGCAUCCAAGCAAGAGACUGAUUCGGACACUCAGGAGUUCAGCAACUCAAAGUCCUCUGAGAAAGGUGCUAGCAGCAGCAGUCAAUCGGUUGACUAUUCAUCACGACCCCACGGAAGUGGCGACAGUGGACCUAAGCGACAAAUGUCCAAUCACAUAGGGGCAAGGAGUAGCAGCUCUUCCUUCUCGGAGAGUUUGGACCCAGCUUUGGAUCCUUCAUCUUUGCCACCUCCUGAUCCCUGGCUGGAAAGUGUGAACAGCACAACACCCACUGGAACGGUGCAACCGACAGCAACAGCCUGUCGCCGAGAUGGAUACUGGUUUUUAAAGCUUCUGCAAGCAGAAACGGGACGAAUGGAGGGUUGGUGCUUACAGAUGGAAAAGGAGACCAAAGAGAAUCAGCUGUCUGAAGAAGUUCUUGGGAAGAUCAGGAGUGCCGUGGGCAGUGCACAGCUUCUCAUGUCUCAGAAAUUCCAGCAGUUCCGAGGCCUCUGUGAACAGAAUAUGAAUGUCAAUGCAAAUCCACGACCAACUGCACAAGAUCUGGCUGGGUUCUGGGACCUUCUCCAGUUGUCUAUUGAAGACAUAAGUAUGAAGUUCGAUGAACUGUAUCACUUGAAGACCAAUGACUGGCAACUUACUGACUCCUCGGACAGGAAGGAAGAGAAGAAGCAACCUCCCCCUGUGCCAAAGAAGCCCUCCAAACCGAAGCCAGCAGCUAGCCGGGAGAAGAACGAUUCUUCGGCAGACAAACAACGGCAGGAAGCACGUAAGCGGCUCAUGGCAGCUAAGCGGGCAGCCUCAGUGAGACAGAACUCGGCAACCGAGAGUGCUGACAGUAUUGAGAUCUAUGUUCCUGAGGCUCAAACCCGUCUUUGAGGUUCUCUUCCUAACUGUCCACCCCCAACUCAGAUGGACCCACUGUGGAGAGCAUUCAACCCCAUUAUAUGAUGCUGGAGGUUGGGACUCAGCACAGCAAAAGUAGAUAAAAUAAUAAAAUAUUUAAAUAUUGAACUGAAUGGGACAAAAAAAAAUAACUUUUAACAUGAGCUGAGACUCUUGAAUCAUGCGGCUGCAAUGAAAACCUCAAAAGACUUUGUUAUUAUAUCUCCUAAACAUAAUGAUAAUAUCAAAAACUAUCUUAAUGUUAUUUCUUAAGCAAGAGCUCUUCAAUUGCUCUGAUCUGAGCAGCAAUGCAUCAUAAUCCAGACGUGCUCCUAGCCCCUGCACGCCUUUCCGAUCCCCUGCAUCAGUCUCGUCUUCCCAUUACUACUUGUAUUAAUUCCGCUGCUAAACUUUUUACACCCCUAACUCCCCCCACCCCACUUCCUUUUUAUUUUUAUUUAUUUGUUUUUUUGUUUUUUUUUUUAAUUACGUCUAGAGAACCAGGAUCAGGUAGUUUUUAACAUCUUGUCCCAGAGAUGGGUCAGUAACGGUGUGAACUCAGAUUGACCCAAGGAAUUACGGCAGCAUGGACCAAUGGAUAACAGGACUCUAUCAUAAACGAGGAUGCAUUUUGCAGCAAAAUGUUUUCCAAAACAAAAGUCUUAUUUUUGUUCAAUUUAAUUUGUUAGCUUGAACCUGUCCUCCACUUUUGAUUGUAAUAAGGAAAGACUGGGCAUCGCUUCAAGUCCCCACGCAUCAAGUGAAAUGUCUUGAAAGAAAAGGGAGAAAAAAAAACAAAGAAAAAUCUGUUUUCUCAUUUUGUGUCAACAUUUCACCAGCAUAUACUAUGUAAUUUAAUUUUAUGUCUUCGAGACUGGGAAGGUAGCACAGAUUAAUAAUAUAUAGACUGGAACAUUUUUACCCUUGCAAACCUUGGUCUGUAGUUCUAUUUGUCCAUAAAUCAAAAAAAAAAAAAUUGUUUUAGAGAUUCUUCUUUUGUUCUAUAGGCACACAGGACAGUUUGAUUGUUCUGCCACUGCGGAGAGCUCCCUCUGAAAUGUAAAGUGCAUUAUUUUAGUAAAAAAACAGAUAUAUAUAUAGUGUGUGAUUUAUAGAUU